UUGGGCCCGCGGCCCGGCAGCGGGGCGGGGUCCCGGCGCGGCGCGAGCGGCGGCAUGGAGAAGCUGCGGCGGGUGCUGACCGGGCAGGACGACGAGGAGCAGGGGCUGACGGCGCAGGUCCUCGAUGCCUCAACACUCAGCUUUGGUACUCGAGUCAGGUGGUUUGCCAUAUGCUUUGUUGCUGGCAUUGUGUGUUCUAUUCUUGGAACAGCACUGCUAUGGCUCCCAAAGGGAAUCAAACUUUUUGCAUUGUUUUAUACCCUGGGAAAUAUUGCUGCAUUAGCCAGUACGUGUUUCCUGAUGGGGCCACUGAAGCAAUUGAAAGCAAUGUUUGAGCCCAAAAGAUUAAUAGCUACAGUUGUGAUGUUGCUUUUCCUAGUGUUGACUCUGUGUGCUGUGUUCUGGUGGAACAAAAAAGGUUUGGCGGUGUUAUUCUGCAUAUUGCAGUUCUUGGCAAUGACCUGGUAUAGUCUCUCAUAUAUUCCUUUUGCAAGGGAUGCUGUGAUUAAAUGCUUCUCAUCCUGUCUAGGGUAAAUUAAAACCAGGAACCACUCUACACUAUAAAAGCCAACUUUUAUUCUGCUGUGAAUUCUGCUUGGAAAAUUAUACUUUUCCACUCAUGAAAUACCCAGAAACAAUUUAGUAUUUUCCUUGCCUUUUGCAUUUGGGGGAUUAAACAAUUUUUACUAGAAACAGUUUUAAAAAUAAAUUGGGUGAACUAUUUGUGGUUACCCUGGAACUUUGAGGCUUUUUUUAACAAAAAAGUACAUUUAAAUACUUUGCGCAGAGUAGUCUUAAAACUACCUUGCAUCCAGUAACAGUUUAUUCCCCAGUGGAGGCAAGCCACUAUGAUCUGGGCAGUAUGCAUAAAGAUUUAAUUUACAGUUCUGUCUAAAAUUUGCAAUGUGCCAUUUCUGUUUGUAUAUUUUUCAUUGUAUGCUUUUCCAAAGACAGAGUUUUAUAAACGUGGUAAAGAUUUGGUAAGUUAUAAUUAACUGCUCUUUGAAAUGUCUAUACAUGUGCCUUAUGGAAAAAGCUUAAUGAGAAUAUGUGAAAGGUCUGUUUAAAGCCUGUUGGAUUUUAUUAAAAAGCUGUAUUUUAAACGA